CUGGCAUUGCUGCAACAGACCCUUAAUUAUUUUUAGGUUAAACCACGGAAGUGCAAUUAGGUUAUGUGCCCCGUAAACUGAUGUAGCAAAAAUGGCUAAUUUUCGAUCAAUAUAUAAAGUGCAAGUGCUACUAACCAUACUGGUGCAUUUAACCGUUGCCUUAUAUGAGGAUCAAGUGGGGAAGUUCGACUGGAAGCGUUCGUUUAUCGGGAAAGCGAAGUUUGCCAGCUUCGAGGCCCGAAGAAUCAUCGUCGCCACUGAGGAGAACGUUCUGGCCAGUCUCAGCUUGGAAACUGGCGAUAUUCAAUGGAGACAAGUGCUAGAAGACCCCAGCGGGUCGCAGAUCGAGUUCCUGCAAGUGGGCAAGGAGAUUCUGACGAUUUCAGGAUCGAACAACACUUGGCUAGUGAGGAGCUGGGAAAUCAGCUCUGGCUCGCUUUUGGAUGAGUGGCCGUUGUCGGCAGAGCGAACAGUGCCCAGUGCGUUUACUGCAGCAGCUGGUAAGCUGUUCCAUGUGGUGCCGAUAAAACGAUCGCACUUGGAAAUAUCUGUUUAUUCAUCCGCGACUAGCAGGCAUGCCAGAAAGGAGACCCGGAGAGUGGUUGCCCCUUGGAUAGGGGACUCUUCCACAUGUGCCACAGCUAAUUCAUACUACGCCUGUCUGACGCCCAGCGAUUUGUUCUUCAUAAAUCUGCUGGAGGAAGAUGCCAGCUUCGUGUCAACGCCCCUGCAGAAGCUGUCUGAAGUGGACCUGUCCAGGGCUUCGUUGCUUUCUUUCAAGCACGAGGUUCCAUCGGUUCUUUUGGUGGAGGAAAACUCAGCCGCGCUGGUGGUUUUUCGAGAAGGCAACGCCCAAGCAAAGGGCGCUGAUUGGUUGGCACCCAAUGCUUUUAGCAUUAACGAGAAUGGCAAGCGCGUGAUUUACCAGCUGGAAGCCAAUGAGGACGAAGACAAUCUCAUCAGAGUCAGUGCGAAGGAUGACGAAACCGGAGCCGAUUUGCACCAUUUUGACCUGGCCUAUCGAGUGGGGUUGGGAACCCCCUUGAUCAUGGGCGGGCAAACCAGUGGGGGCGUGACCGAUUUGUUGCUGACCACCACUGACAACGCCCUUCUCCUGGUGCGGCUGCCGCAAGGCGUCUUAUGGACCAAAGAAGAAGCGCUCAGCAAUAUAGUAGCGGCGGAGUUCUUCGAACUCCCCAUAUCCGAGCUGGACGCUUCCAUUGAGCACGAGUUCGACUUCGACAGCAACAUACUGACGAUGUUCAGCCGCAGAAUAUCCACGCAACUCAACCAGCUCUACAGCUUCGUGCUGGGCGACCCGCUAAGUCGGCUGAACAGCGGGCUGGUGAGGGACGAGUUCGGGCUGCACAAAAUCAUAGUGGUGGCCACUAAGGCCGGGAAGCUCUUCGGCAUCGACACCUGGUCGGGCUCAAUCGUGUGGAGCUACAGAUUGCCGAGAGUCCAGCCCUUCCUGGGGGUGGGUGGCAAGGAGACGAUGCUGCUGCUGGUGCAGCGCACUGCCCAAUACGCGCCUUUGGCCCCCCAGUGUGUUUUGCUGGCGCAGGACCAGCGUAAUGGUAGAGGGGUGCUGUUCCAGUUCAACCCGAUAACUGGGCACUCGCUAGAGGGAGUUCAGCGCCUGAACUACAAAAUCGCCCAAGGAACCCUCCUGAAUUACCACGACAGGAACUUCUUGAAGCCCCUGCUGGUCCUGUCGGACAGCAACGAGGCGCUGCUCUACUCAGGGCAGUUGAACGAGGAGCUACUGAGGAGUUUGCAGACGACCUUCGUGUAUACGGUGGAUGAGAAGCGCUCGACCCUCAGAGGGCAGAGCUUCAAGUACAGCAGCAGGGAGGCCCUGAAACUGACCACCACUUGGGAGGUUGAUCUGGCGCCAUCCAGAAUCCUCAGCGUGAGCGCCAAGCCGGCAAAUGAGCGCGUCCACUCGCAGGGCAAAGUGCUGUUCGAUCGCUCAGUGUAUUACAAGUAUGUGAACCCCAAUCUCUUGGCAGUGGCCACUGUGAGCGCCGACCAGAUCCAUCGCAGUGUUGUUAGUGUGUACUUGAUAGACGGUGUGAGUGGGUUGGUGCUGCACUCAACUGCCCACAAGAAGGCCAAAGGCCCCGUUCACUUGAUUCACUCGGAGAAUUGGCUGGUUUACACCUACUUCAAUGAGCGCUUUAGGCGGAUGGAGAUGGAAGCCAUUGAGCUGUAUGAGGGCCAUCUGCAGAGCAACAGCACAGUGUUCAGCUCGUUCGCCGUUAGUCAGCUGCCAGAGGCUCAAAGCCAGUCGUACAUCCUGCCAGCCACGCCCGUCGAAAUGGCCGUGACUCUUACAGAGAGGGGAAUCACUAACAAGUUCCUGCUGAUCGCCCUAAGCAAUGGGGCAGUGGUGGAGGUUCCCUGGAUGAUGCUGCAGCCGCGUUUUCCCGGGAUGCCCUGCGGGGCUGAAGAGAGCUGCAUUCCGUACAUGCCCGAAGUGCCGCUGCAUCCCGAGGCCAUCAUCAACUACAAUCAAUCGCUGGGCAGAAUACGGGGAAUUGAAGUGGCGCCAGCCCGCCUGGAGUCCACCAGCCAUAUUCUGGUUCAUGGCCUGGACAUCUUCUACACUCGGGUGGCGCCUUCGAAGACUUUCGAUGUGCUCAAAGAGGAUUUCGACCAUCGCCUCAUUGUGCUCGUUCUCACAGGCUUAAUAAUCGCCUCGUUCGGCACGAUGCAUUUAGCGGCGCGCAAGGCGUUGAAGCAGGCUUGGAAGUGAUGCCUUUAGGUAAUAUAGCCAAUUUUUUGUUUCAAAUUCCACUCUGUAGUAUAAACGGGAGUUUUCGGAAUCGUGUUUCAAUCGACUGACGAUUUGAACAGCUUUCCAACUGUCCCACAUCAACAUUUAUACUAGUAGAUGGGGUUUGAAAUCAGGGUUUCCAAAUUCUCAAAGCAGGAGCAAGUUUGUAAAAAAAUUGGUGAUUUUACUUUAUUUUGGUACUUUCCGAAAAUUUCUGGUCUUGACACGGGAAAACCACCUCCAAAAUUUACUCUGCACCCAAUAAAACCGCAUCAGAUAAUACCAAGAGAAUGUUGAAAAUAUGUGCUAAAUAAUAGCAGGAAAAUUUGACCAAUCCAACGCUCCAUUUUUCUACACAAUCUCAUCAUAAUUGCAUAAAUCAAUUUUUCCUAAACUCCGCUCAAGAAUCACUUCAUUCCCUAUCAGCAUUAAGGAACUUUCGUUGUUAAGGAUGAUAAAAUCGAGCGUUUACCUUUGCUUAGUUCAAAAUCUAACAGUUUUUUGUAAAAUGCGCAACAUGUAAACAGUUAAACCUAGUCAGUGGCUUAAUUGAGGAAUUAAGGAUUUUCUCUGCAAGCUACUUCUGUUGAAUUUAUCGCGAAUCAGAUACCGAAGACCGCAAAUCAGUGCUUUCAUGAAUAUUUCCCUUAGAAAAAGUUUAUGUUAAUUGGUCUACUGGAUGUUUGUGCUAGUUUCUAUGGCUAAGUUUUAGGGGGUUGAAAAACUGUAUUGAUUUUUUAAAAAACCGGCAUUUUUUACGACCUUACAAACGUGCAAAAACAAAAAUGAAAGUACUUUAAGGAAAAGAUAAAAAUUUCAGACAAGUUGAUUAUAAAAGGUUGUAGAGCAUGUAAAUAGAAAAUCAUGCCAGCUUCAUUCAUCGAUUGCCUGUAGGCAGGAAAAUCGUGCAUUGUGGUGACUGAAUUCGAUUUUUUUGUAUAAUACUGUAAUUUAUAUUAUUACUGUUAAACUUUGUGAUGUACAAAAUGAAAUAAAACCUGUAAAGUGUC